AUGAAUCAGUGUGAGGACAGACAGGACGGAGUCCGUCCCUCUGAAACCGCUCUGUGUGGGGGACAUGACAUCCAGACCAAAGCUCAGAGGCCAGAACAGCGGGACCUGCCGGACUCUGCUCGACCUGAGCCUGGACCUGAACCCACCAACAGUGACCUGUCUAUAAAGGAACUUCUUCACGUCAAAGAUGGACACCACUCUGCUAUUGAAAGGGUUGAUCAGAAGGGACCAGACUGUCCUGAACCCACCUGUGUGUCCAUGAAGAGUGACAGAUCCAUGUAUGUACCUGUUAGUUUCAAAUGUGGACACCCCUCAGCUAAUCCAAGAUUUCAUCAGCAGAGCUUACAGGUUGCUUGUGGUCAGUCUGCCCAGCAGCAUCAGACAGACUUGGACUCCAUAUUUAAGCUGCUGGAGGAAAACCUUGUCAGUUUCGUGAUGAACGAGCUGAAGAAAGUCCAGAGAGUUCUGGGUUCAGAUUACUUAAAAUACUUGGAGAGUCAGAAGGAGGAUGAGGAGAUGCUGGACAUUGAGGAUGAAGAGCAGAGCAGAGAGGCUUUUCUGAAGAUCACACAGCACUUCCUGAAGAGGAUGAAGCAGGACGAGCUGGCUGACCGUCUGCAGAGCAGAACCAGUGCUCCACUGAGCCGGCGGAAACUGAAGUCCAGUCUGAAGACCAAGUGUCAGAGGGUGUUUGAGGGGAUUGCUAAAGCAGGAAACCCAACCCCGCUGAAUGAGAUCUUCACAGAGCUCCACAUCACAGAGGGGGGGGCCGCAGAGGUCAACGAUCAACACGAGGUCAGACAGAUUGAAACAGCAUUCAGAAAACCAGACAGACCAGAAACAACAAUCAGAUGUGAAGACAUCUUUAAAGCCUCACCUGGAAGAGAUGAACCAAUCAGAACAGUGAUGACGAAGGGCGUGGCUGGCAUUGGGAAGACAGUCCUAACACAGAAGUUCACUCUGGACUGGGCCGAAGACAAAGACAACCAGGACAUACAGUUCACGUUUCCCUUCACCUUCAGAGAGCUGAACGUGCUGGCAGGGAAGGAGUUCAGCUUGGUGGGACUUGUUCAUCACUUCUUUCCUGAAACCAGAGAAGCAGGACUCUGCAGGUUUGAGGAGUUCCAGGUUGUCUUCAUCUUUGACGGUCUGGAUGAGUGUCGACUUCCUCUGGACUUCCACAACAGUGAGAUCCUGACUGAUGUCUCAGAGUCCACCUCAGUGGAUGUGCUGCUGAUAAACCUCAUCAGGGGGAAACUGCUUCCCUCUGCCCGCCUCUGGAUAACCACACGACCUGCGGCAGCCAAUCAGAUCCCUCCUGAGUGUGUUGACAUGGUGACAGAGGUCAGAGGGUUCACUGAUGAACAGAAGGAGGAGUACUUCAGGAAGAGAUUCAGAGAUGAAGACCAGGCCAGCAGGAUCAUCUCCAACAUCAAGACAUCACGAAGCCUCCACAUCAUGUGCCACAUCCCGGUCUUCUGCUGGAUCACUGCUACAGUUCUGGAGGAUGUGAUCAAGACCGGAGAGGAAAGAGAGCUGCCCAAGACCCUGACCGAGAUGUACAUCCACUUCCUGGUGGUUCAGUCCAAACUGAAGAAUGUCAAGUAUGAUGGAGGAGCUGAGUCGGAUCCACACUGGACUCCAGAGUACAGGAUGACGAUUCAGGCUCUGGGAAAACUGGCUUUCGAGCAGCUGCAGAAAGGAAACCUGAUCUUCUACGAAUCAGACCUGACAGAGUGUGGCAUCGAUAUCAGAGCAGCCUCAGUGUACUCAGGAGUGUUCACACAGAUCUUUAAAGAGGAGAGAGGACUGUACCAGGACUUGGUGUUCUGCUUCGUCCAUCUGAGUGUUCAGGAGUUUCUGGCUGCUCUUCAUGUCCAUCUGACCUUCGUCAACUCUGGAGUCAAUCUGCUGUCAGAAGAACAUUCAAUAUCCCGAUGGUUUAAAGUCUUCAGAGUCAAACAUAAAUUACAACAUCUGUACCAGAGUGCUGUGGAGAAGACCUUACAGAGUCCAACUGGACACCUGGACUUGUUCCUCCGCUUCCUCCUGGGUCUUUCACUGCAAACCAAUCAGAAUCUCCUACAAGGUCUGCUGACUCAGACAGGAAUCAGCUCAGAAACCAAUGAGGAAACAGUUGAAUACAUCAAAGAGAAGAUCAGUGAGAAUCUUUCUACAGAGCGAAGCAUCAAUCUGAUCCACUGUCUGAAUGAACUGAACGAUCGUUCUCUAGUGGAUCAGAUCCAGCAGUACCUGAGUUCAGGAAGUCUCUCCACAGAUCAGCUGUCUCCUGCUCAGUGGUCGGCUCUGGUCUUCAUCUUACUGUCAUCAGAAAAAGAUCUGAACGUGUUUGACCUGAAGAAAUACUCUGCUUCAGAGAAGGUCCUUCUGAGGCUGCUGCCAGUGGUCAAAGCCUCCAACAAAGCUCUGCUGACUGGCUGUAACCUGUCAGAUAGAGGCUGUGAAGCUCUGUCCUCAGUUCUCAGCCCUCAGUCCUCCAAUCUGAGAGAACUGGACCUGAGUAACAACGACCUGCAGGAUUCUGGAGUGAAGCUGCUGUCUGCUGGACUGAAGAGUCCACAUUGUAAACUGGAAACUCUCAGGCUGACUGGCUGUAACCUCUCAGAGAGAAGCUGUGAAGCUCUGUCCUCAGUUCUCAGCUCUCAGUCCUCCAGUCUGAGAGAGCUGGACCUGAGUAACAACGACCUGCAGGAUUCAGGAGUGAAGCUGCUGUCCGCUGGACUGAAGAGUCCACAUUGUAAACUGGAAACUCUCAGACUGUCAGGUUGUCUCAUCACAGAGGAAGGUUGUGCCUCUCUGGCCUCAGCUCUGAGGUCUAACCCCUCCCACCUGAGAGAGCUGGACCUGAGCUACAAUCAUCCAGGAGACUCAGGUGUGAAGCUGCUGUCUGCUGGACUGGAGGAUCCACACUGGAGACUGGACACUCUCAGGGUGGACCACGGUGGAGAGCACAGGUUGAAACCUGGUCUGAGGAAGUAUUUCUGUGAACUCACGCUGGACACAAACACGGCAAACAGAAACCUCAAACUGUCUGACGGCAGCAGGACGGUGACCCAUGUGACGGAGGACCUGCCGUAUCCCGACCACCCAGAGAGGUUUGGCUGCUGGCAGCUGCUGUGUGGAACUGGUCUGGCGGGUCGCUGUUACUGGGAGGUGGAGUGGAGAGGAGGAGUUCGUGUAGCGGUGACUUACAGAGGAAUCAGAAGGACAGGAAACAGUGAUGAGUGUCUGUUUGGAAAGAACCACCAGUCCUGGAGUCUGAACUGCUCUGACGGUGGAUUCUCCGUCUGGCACAACAACAGAGUAACGUCCCUCCCUCUGUCCCCCUCGGUCUCUAACAGAGUGGCAGUCUAUGUGGACUGUCCCGCCGGCACUCUGUCCUUCUACAGAGUGUCCUCGGACUCACUGAUCCACCUCCACACCUUCAGCGCCACGUUCACUGAACCUCUUUAUGCUGGAUUCAGGCUCUGGUCGUACGACUCCUCGGUGUCUCUGUGUUCUCUGUAG